CUACCUGGCCAGGUAGCUCGCAUUUCCCGGCGCGCGCGCGGCCGCGGGCCCCGGGGAGCCGCGCGGAGCGGAGCGGCGCGGCAGCAGGGCAGGGGCGCGGGUCCUCCGGGACGCGCCCCCCCGCGGCAGCAUGAGAAAGAGCCCGACGGUGCAGGGCACCUUCAGCAAGCUCUUCGGCAGGAAGCACGCCAGCCCCGCGGGGGGCACCUCGCUCUACGCCACCAACCCGCCCUGGAUCUUCGCCCAGGAGGCCCCCGACGAGGGCCCCCGCGGUUUCGAUGGCAUCUACUACGGAGACGGGCGCUUCAACACCGUGAGUGAGUGUGGCACGGCCACUCUGAAGGCGCGGCCGAGAGUGCGCCCCCUACUCACCUUCCUGCCACUGAAUGCCCAGGAGAACCAUGGACUGGCUGUCCCCACCCCCUCCGUCCCAGAAGACUUUGCGGACAAAGAAGUGACAGGCUCGCUGGUCAACGGGAACCUCCGCCUGUACAGCUCCGUGGGGGACUUGCGGCCCGGGCACUAUGGCCUGGACCCCCUCAUCCCCCCGCCGCCCCCGGGCCCGGCCCCGCGGCCGCCCGUGGACCUGGAGGGGAGCCCACCGCCUGGGGGGGAGUCUCCGCCCCCACCGCCUCCCCCUUCCACCGCUCCGCCCCCUCCGCCCCUGUUCCUGGAACCCCCCUCCCCGCCCGGCGCGGCCCCGCCGACCCCCCCAGCACUGGGGGCGCUGUCGCCCUCCCCCUCCACGCCCACCCCUCCCGACUUCAUCCCCCCCGCCCCGCCCCUGGCCAUCCCAGCCCCGCCGCCCUUGCCCGCCCCGGCACCCCCCAGCCCGGCGGUGUCCCCGCACGCGGCCGCGGGCACUCGCCCCUUCCCGCCCGGGGGUGUCACCAAGUGGAAGUCGGAGGUGGCCCUGAACGGGCGGCAGCCCGAGGGCCCCGGGGCCAGCCCCCCCAGGAGCCCCGCCGAGCCCAGGGGGAGCCCCAAGCCGGACCCCCACCUCACAUUCCCCCGCUCGCUCAAAGUGCCUCCCCCGACCCCGGUGCGGACCUCGUCCAUCCCGGUUCCCGAGACCCAGGAGUCCCCUCCGGAGGAGGAGGAGGGGGAGGCGGCGGUCACCAAGCAGGCCCCCAGCCGGCUCCCGCUGCCCCCCAGCUUCCACGUGCGCCCCGCCGCGCACGCCUCCUCGGACAGCGCCCCCGAGUCCCGGGGGUCCCGGGAGUCCUCGGAGCCCCGCGCUGCGGACCCCGACCCCGCGAGCCCCAGGAAGGGCGAGCCCCCGGCCCCGCCGCCGCCCCCGCCCCCUCCCGCGCCCCCCGCUCCCGCCCCCCGCGCCCCCGCUCCCCGCGGCGGCCCCCGAACGCCUCCCGAAGACCCCCAAAUCCAGCUCCCCCGCCCCCAAGCCGCAGCCCAAGCCGCAGCCCCAGCCCCGGCCCCCCAGCCCGGAGAACGAGCCGGAGGCCCAGGACGCGGGCUCGUGGGACCCCGGGCAGAUGGAGAAGCUGCGCAGCGAGCUGUCCGCCUACCUGUGCGGGCGCGACCCGCGGCCGGGGCCCCCCAGGGACCCCCCUCCUCCAAAGACGGGGCCUCCCCCGGGCCCGCCGCAGCCGCCGCCGCCGCCGGAGAAGGAGGCCAGCCCCGGCCCGGCCCUGCCCCCCGUGGACUACGCGCCCCCGGACCCCCCGACGCCCAGCGCGACGCCCAGCGUGCGGCAGAUCAGGAGCGAGCUGGAGGCGCGGCUGUCCUCGGCCCCGGCCGAGCGGGACGCCAAGCCCGGCCCGGGCGCGCUGCCCCCCAAGCCGCGGCCGGACGCGGGCCGGAGCCCCGAACGCAGGCCGGCCCGGCCGGCCCCCGCCGCGACCCCCGCGGCCCCCCCGCGCGGCUUCUCCGCCCAGAGCCGCGCCCCCCGCCCUCCACGCCGCCCUGGCGGGCCGCCGAGAAGACCCCGGGCUCGGCCGCUGGACGCUGGAAGAAGCCGGCCCUGCUGGACGCCCCCGCGGAGGCCCAAGGGCGCCGGCCCCCCGCGGCCCUCCCGCCCAAGAAGUCGGCCGGCCCCCCGGACAGCCCCCGCCGGCCGCCGCUGGCCGCGGAGCCCCCCGCCCCGCAGGACGACGCGCUCAGGCACCCGGUGACCGGCGAGGCGGUGGAGCGCGGCUCCCCGAUGGCCCUGCUGCUGGCCGCGCGGCAGCGGGCGCAGAAGGGCCGGCCCGGAGGGUCCGCCCCGGGCCGGUCCUCGCUGCCCGGCAGCCUGCGGGGCCCCGGCGGCGGCCAGCCCGACGCCCCCGACAGCAUCUUCUACUCCCAGGGCCGGCCCAACUCCUUCACGGUGGUGCCCAGGCCCAGCGCCCCGUGCCAGCCGCCCGCGCGCCGGGACGCGGACGGCGGCUGGACGCAGGAGCGGCCCGCGCCCGCCCGGGGCCCCCCGCCGCCCAGGUCCUUCUCGUCGCCCCCUUCGCCGUCCCGCACGGGCGGGGACAGCGACGGCGACGGCGACGACGAGGCCGCCGCGUUCGGCUUCGGGCUCAUCCCGCCGCCGCCCGAGUUCUGCAGCGAGCCCGAGCCCCCCGGGCCCCCCGCGCCGCAGUCCCGGCUCGGGCGGGGGUCCCCGCCGCGGCCCGGCGGCCUGGCCCCGCUGUCCGGCCGCGCCGGGGCCCGGGAGCGCGGCUCCGGCACCGGCCGCUCGCUCAUCAAGAAGCGCCUGUACGUCGGGGAGCCCCCGCGGCCCGCGCCGCCGUCCCGGGGUCCCUCGGCGCGCAGCCUCAGCACCCCCAACUGCUUCGGCCCGCCGCCCGCCGGCCCCGAGAUGCGGCGCGUCCACUCGGCCGGACGCGCGGCGCCCCCCGGGGGGCUGCACGCGCGCAGGAUGUCGCUGGAGGGCGCGGCCCGCGGGGAGCCCCGGGCCCAGGCGGUGGGCGCCGGCGACCUCGGCUACGGGGGGCCCGCCAGGACUGUCCACGGCGCCCCCCACUACGGAGGCCCCAUCAACACGUUCACCGUGAGACCUGGAACCCGUCACCCCAUCUCCUACGGCUACUCGGGGACCCAUCGGAAAUCCAUGUCCUGAGCCCAGCACUCUCAGCUCCGGCCCCGAGGGGCCAAUCUGGGCAUCUGCUUUUUUUGGGGUGGGGAGUGGGGUGGCACAGACAU